CAACCCAAUAACUCCAGUUUCAUCUCAAUUCUCAACAUACAAGUAUCUCGGUGGCAAGAGCAGGGAGAGGAAGAGAGAAGAUGGAAGAGAAUUGCGAGGAUUGCAUGAAAUGGGAAGAAGAACUCUACUGGACUCAUUUUCAAACUCUCCAUUUCACUCAGCUCCUCCUUCCUGGUUUCCACAAUCGCCUCGUCAUACCUCGAAAGUUUUCAACACACUGCAAAAGGAAGCUGCCUCAGAUUGUGACUCUCAAAAGUCCAAGUGGCGUUACAUAUAAUGUGGGAGUAGAGGAAGAUGAUGAAAAGACAAUGGCUUUUCGUUUUGGGUGGGACAAGUUUGUGAAAGAUCAUUCGCUAGAGGAGAAUGAUCUAUUGGUCUUCAAGUUCCAUGGAGUGUCUGAGUUUGAAGUGCUUGUUUUCGAUGGACAGACUUUAUGUGAGAAACCUACUUCUUAUUUCGUCAGGAAAUGUGGGCAUGCAGAGAAGACUAAAGGUAUUAUUGAUUUUAAUGCAACCUCUUCGAGGUCUCCUAAGAGACACUUUAACCCUGAUGAUGUUGAAACUACACCAAACCAGCAACUUGUUAUAUCUCCUCCAGUUGAUAAUGAGCUAGAAGACCUCAUUGACAUUGAUCUUGAUUUUGAUAUUGAUAAAAUACUAAAUCCGCUUCUUGUAGCAUCUCACACCGGUUAUGAGCAAGAAGAACAUAUUAACUCUGACAUUGAUACAGCAUCUGCCCAGCUUCCUGUUAUAUCUCCAACUAGUACAGUACGAGUCAGUGAAGGGAAGUAUCCCCUUAGCGGUUUUAAGAAGAUGCGAAGAGAAUUAAGUAAUGACAAUCUCGAUCAAAAAGCUGGUAUGAAAAUCUUCUUACUUAGUGAUUACACAGUGCACUUGUUUCUUGGUAUUCAUCUGAUAAGCCCUGUCUGUACUCUGUAGACUCUGUUUUGCAUGCAACUGUUGGGAUUAAAGUUUCAGGUUUUGAGAAUGUUGCUAACAGCUUGGAGUAACUGAUUCCUUAGUCUUGGAUAUUAUAUGAUUCUGGAUAUUAGGUGUGGAGAUUAUAGAAUUGUCUCAUCUUUCUCAUUCAGUAGAGAAAGUUUCUUGUUCCGAAACUUUAUUAACUUCUUACUACCCAUAGGCUUUGAUCCAUUUGUCUUCAAAGUUUAUAACUUUAUAUAAUGGAGUGAGUCCAUAUAUUUAUCAGUUUCUAUCUCAUUUAUCAUGCAUCUAAAAUACUAAUAUACCUUAUCAACUGUCGUAAGACGUGGAGAUGAUUUCAGCUGGAAGCAAUAAGAAAGCCUUAUCUCUGGCCAAGAGAGCCAUUUCGCCGGAUGGUUUCUUGGUGUUCAUGAAACGCUCUCAUGUGGUAUCAAAGUGUUUUCUGACAAUCCCAUACAAAUGGUGCGUGAAGAACAUGCUUAUCACACGUCAAGAAGUGGUGAUGCAGGUGGAUCAAACGAAAUGGGAGAUGAAGUUUAACAUUUUCGGAGCUCGUGGUAGUGGUGGGAUUUCAACCGGGUGGAAGAAAUUUGUACAAGACAACAACUUGCGCGAAGGUGAUGUCUGUGUGUUUGAGCCAGCCAAUUCUGAAACAAAACCGCUUCAUCUCAAUGUCUAUAUAUUCCGUGGUGAAGAAACGGAAAGAACCAACAAUGUUGACCCGGUUUACACAAUAAGUGAAUAACUAAGCAAGGCUACAACGUUUUCCUCAACCCUGUAGUGUAAAGUAUAUGUAGCGUAGAUGAAAACUUGUAUAUAAAGGUAAACGUAAGAAUGUGUGUAAUCUAUCUCUCACUCACGAUGCCUCUUUUUUUUGGGUGCAUAUAACGGAACUCUUCUGGUUCUGGUAAUGCCUAUUUUCUUGUGUUGGGGCUUGCCACAAUAUUUAAACCAACUCUUUUUUUGUC